AUGGCUUCAGAGUAUCUAGAGCACGGUGUGGUCUCGACCGAAGCCGACAUGUUUUCCUUUGGGGUGGUGCUUCGUGAGAUGCUAUCUGGGCGGGAGGCGAUCUACAACAACGGCGGGAGGGAGUUCACCAUGCUGUCGGUGAUAAUCGCCAAAGUUCUCAGCGGCGACGACCAGAUGUCAAAGCUGCAAGCUUGGAUGGAUCAUCGCUUGCAAAAUACUUAUCCGAGCAACAUCGCCCUCAGCGUGGCCAUCCUGGCGAAGUCGUGCGUGGAGACGUAUCCGAGGUCGAGCCCCAACGUGAAGCAGAUCAGCUUCGCGUUGUCGAAGAUGUCCAAUGCGUCGAUGCACAUCAAGUAUUGUAUGUUGAAGUUGAUUUUGCCGCUAGGGGUAGAGCGAGACGCACAUCAAAGCAAGACGCACAUCAAGUAUUGUAUGUUGCGAUUGAUUUUGCCGCUAAGGAUAGAGCACGACGCACAUCAAGCAUUGUAUACCACGGUUGAUUUUGCCGCCGGGGGUAAAGCAGGCAUUUGA